GAUGGUGAGAUUUAGGUAUACUCUAAUCUGUUUAUUCUAUUGCAGAGAAUCUAUAUCCAAGCCCAAUCGAGAUACUAUCCGAUACAUGUCCAUCUCCAACACAAAAAAAAAACCAAAAACUUUGCUACUGUUGUUCUACAAUUCUCGCAUUAUCCGAGAAAAAACAAGUCGACCUCUAUUAGCUUCUUCAUCAAAUGAUAACAAGAACAGUAUUGAAUCGCCCUGUCGUCAUCGAAGAGUCACAGACCCCUCUGACGCCAGCAAAACAAAUGAACUAAUCAUAUGCCAUAGCCACAGAAAAUUGACAAUGUCAUCACCAACCUCUACGUUUAUGCCACCAAGAGAAACGAAAUCUCAAAUACACGUGUAUCCGUGCACAUCCAUGAUCGAGAGAACCCUGCCGACGAGCCACGAGAGAAUUUACCGAAUAAGGAAUAUGCGCCACGGACAAACAUCGACUAAGCUGAAAUAA